CGGGGCGCUACCUCUGUGCCCGCCAAUCAUGCUGCUGCUGCUGCUGCUGCUGCUGCUGCGGCUUCUGCUGCUGGGACCCGGACUCGGACCCAGCGCCGCCUCCAGGAGGUCACAUGUGCACCGGCGUGGGAUCUUGGAACUGGCAGGGACUAUGAGCUGUGCUGGCACCAAAAACCCCAUCGCCUACAUGGCCUAUGGCUGCUACUGUGGCCUGGGUGGCCACGGCCAGCCCCGGGAUGCCAUUGACUGGUGCUGCCAUCGCCACGACUGCUGUUACAGUCGUGCUGUAGAGACUGGCUGCAGUCCCAAGAUGGAGCGCUACUCCUGGCAGUGCGUCAAUCAGAGCAUCCUGUGCGGACCAACAGAGAACACAUGCCAAGAACUCUUGUGCAAGUGUGACCAGGAGAUUGCUUACUGCUUAGCCGGAACUGAGUACAACCUAAAAUUUCUCUUCUACCCCGACUUCCUAUGUGAGAAGGACUCGCCCAAGUGUGACUGACCAGGUCAAUUGCACGUUCUUUCGAACAGGAAAUAAAGCUCCUUCUCAAGAAUGAACAGCAGCAUUCAGUUCUUUACAGGAGGGAAUGGAAGCCAAGUGAUAAAGCCACAGCCCUUGUGUUUGCUUUCUCUCCUCAUUCUGGAACUCGGGGCUGGAGUCUGUUUGGUUUCCAGUUUGAUUAAGGUCAAAAGUCCUGAGCCUAUUUAAUAAAAUCAUGACUGUAUUUAUGACUGUGUUGGGUUUGGUCCCAUUUUUGAGGUUCAACCUUUACGAAAAGUUGGUCUUUGUCUUCUAGCCUGCUGUUGCUGGCCAGUAGUCAAAUGUGAACAAACACCUACUGUGCGCCUGGUCACGUUCUGGGUUCUGGGUUGCAGCAGUAAACAAGAUGGUGGUCACAUGACACCCACCCUUGUGAAGUUCAAGUCUAGUAGCUGUUAGGUUAAGAAAGGGUAUUCCCCAUCCCACUCUAUUUUCAAUUGUUAAAAUUUAUUUCCCGAUUAUGAAAGAAGUAUAUGCUCAUUGCUUUAAAAAAGAAAAAAAAAAAAAA